ACUCUCUCCUCCGACUCGGACUCGCUGCUGCGCGGCGCCCUCUCCCUCAGUCUCUACACACCGUCUUUGCCCCACUCGGCUGGCCCGUAACACAACUACAAACUCAAGAACGCGCUGACUCAAGACACAAUGUUCUCCUCGACAACUCUCGCCACCAUCGCGGCCCUCGCCGCCGCCAUCCCCGUCCUCGGCCACAUCGAGAUGACAAACCCCCCUCCUUGGAACUCGAAGCACAACCCCAACACCCCUUCGGCCAACAUCGACUACUCGAUGACCUCCCCCCUCGACGCCUCCGGCUCCAACUACCCCUGCAAGGGCUACAACUCGGUCCUCGGCACCGCUGCAGGCAACUCUGUCGCCUCUUGGGCUCCCGGCAGCUCGCAGAGCAUCCAGCUCGCCGGUACCGCCAUCCACGGCGGUGGCUCGUGCCAGCUCUCGCUCUCCUACGACGGCGGCCGUACUUUCAAGGUCAUCCAGUCGAUACUCGGCGAGUGCCCCUCUAUCGGCAGCUGGAACUUUGACGUCCCCAACGACGCCCCCGCGGGCGACGCCGUCUUUGCCUGGACCUGGUUCAACAACCUCGGCAACCGUGAAAUGUACAUGAACUGUGCUUCCGUCACCAUCGGUGGUGGCGGCCAGCGUCGCCGUGACGACGAGUCGUACUCGAACGCGACUCUUGUCAGCCGUGCUGCCUCGUACAACUCGGCCCCCGAGAUCUUCCAGGCCAACAUUGGCAACGGUUGCGGCACCGCCGAGACUUACGACGUCGACUUCCCCAACCCUGGCUCGAACGUGAUCCGCCGCAGCAGCUUCCGCCCUCACGCCCCGACCGGCAACUGCGCCGGUGGCGGCGGCAGCGGCAGCGGCAGCGGCAGCGGCAGCAACCCUGCCCCCGCCGAGUCGAGCGCGUCUGCCUCUUCCGAGUCCUCUGCCCCCUCUGCCCCCGCUUCGCCCGUCCCUUCGCCCUCGUCUACUGCCUCCUCCGCGACCUUUGACGACGGCCAGUGGCGCCCAGACUCGACCGCCGCGCCCGCGCCGACCAUCUCGACGCCCGACCUCGGCAACUGGCACAACGACGGCUCGGCUUCGGCUUCGGCUUCGUCCUCGUCCGCCGCGCCCGAGGCCACCCCCUCGAAGAGCAAGUGCAACCGCAAGCGCCGUGUGCGCCGCCACAAGAAGCGCCUCAACCACGGCCAGGGCACCUUUUAAACUUUAUAUACA